CGGGAGGCUCGGGCGGGUGCCGGGGCCCGCGUAGGCCGUGCUCGCCCCGCAGCCGCCGCCCGCCCGGUGACCAUGAUAGUGUUCGUCAGGUUCAACUCCAGCCAUGGUUUCCCAGUGGAGGUCGAUUCUCACACCAGCAUCUUCCAGCUCAAGGAAGUGGUUGCUAAGCGACAGGGGGUUCCAGCUGACCAGCUGCACGUGAUUUUUGCUGGGAGGGAGCUUGAGAAUGUCCUGACAGUGCAGGGCUGUGACCUGGAACAGCAGAGCAUUGUACACGUAGUGCAGAGACCAGAGAGGAAAAGUCAUGCGGCACAGGCACCCGGAGAGGACAAGCCCCACGUCACCUCAGGGGGCUCGGUGUGGGCGCCCAGAAGCUUGACCAGGGUGGACCUCAGCAGCCAUAUCCUGCCAGCGGACUCCGUGGGACUGGCGGUCAUUCUGGAUGGAGACUCGGAGGCAGCCAGAGGCCCCGCACUCAAACCCACCUACAACAGCUUCUAUGUGUACUGCAAAGAGCCCUGCCACAGAGUCCAGCCCGGAAAGCUCCGAGUUCAGUGCGGCACCUGCAGACAAGCAACCCUCACCUUGGCCCAGGGUCCAUCCUGCUGGGAAGAUGUCUUAAUUCCAAACCGCAUGAGUGGCGUGUGCCAGUCUCCAGACUGCCCUGGAACCAGAGCAGAAUUUUUCUUCAAAUGUGGAGCGCACCCAACCUCUGACAAGGAUACGUCAGUCGCUUUGAACCUGAUCACCAGUAACAGCCGCAGGGUCUCCUGCAUAGCCUGCACAGAUGUCAGGAGCCCUGUCCUGGUCUUCCAGUGUAACCAUCGCCACGUGAUCUGCUUGGACUGUUUCCACCUGUACUGUGUGACAAGACUCAACGAUCGGCAGUUUGUCCAUGACGCUCAGCUCGGCUACUCCCUGCCAUGUGUAGCUGGCUGUCCCAACUCCUUGAUUAAAGAGCUCCAUCACUUCAGGAUUCUUGGAGAAGAGCAGUACAAUAGGUACCAGCAGUAUGGUGCGGAGGAGUGUGUACUGCAGAUGGGUGGCGUGCUGUGUCCCCGUGCCGGCUGUGGAGCUGGGCUGCUGCCUGAACAGGGCCAGAGGAAAGUCACCUGUGAAGGGGGCAACGGCCUGGGCUGCGGGUUCGUUUUCUGCCGGGACUGCAAGGAAAAAUACCACGACGGCGAAUGUGACUCGCUCUUUGAAGCCGCUGGGGCUGCCUCUCAGGCCUACCGAGUGGACGAGAGGGCCGCUGAGCAAGCUCGCUGGGAGGAGGCCUCUAAGGAAACCAUCAAGAAAACCACUAAGCCUUGUCCUCGAUGCAGUGUGCCAGUAGAGAAAAAUGGAGGAUGUAUGCACAUGAAGUGCCCGCAGCCUCAGUGCAGACUGGAAUGGUGCUGGAACUGCGGCUGUGAGUGGAACCGAGCCUGCAUGGGUGAUCACUGGUUCGACGUGUAGACGGAAGGCACUCAGGCACUGCCCCUGGCCACACCUCCUCACGGGAAACACGUGGACUCUUACCUUCUUAGUCCUUUCUUCUUCCCUGGGCAUGUGAGCACAUACAAUGCACACGCACAAACACAGGCUGCAAAUUACAGACGAGGUCCUUCCCACGGGCACCACGGUCCUUCCGCUGGGCACCCAGCAAAAGGCACUUUUCAGGCCUCUG